GAGGUGCACUUUGUUGAACCGGAUACAUCAUGGCGCUACUCUGUACGGGCACUUGCUAGAAGGAAUCGACGAGGUUUGACAGCGGAUCAACUGCAGUACCUGUUGGGGUGUUUUGAGCAGUUUUUGACCGCCGAAGAUGUCGUCGCUGAAAUGAGGCGGCGAAAGAAUCCUUCAAUGAAGCCAAAGAUCUCGACGCCAUGUGACCUCUAUUUGCACAACACUGUAUCACUUAAUCUGCAGACUCCCAUCCAGCCAGUGUCCAGUGAACUUGUAAACCCAGCUGAUAUAACCGCUAAUCUUCUGAAGUCACUUGGUUUGGAUGAUGCGGCCGGAUCCUCUGGUUCUGCUCCUUCUUUUGCUACCAGUUCAAAAGAUACUGAUUCCGUGGCACGACUUCAUGAGAUGUUUCCGCACCUGCAACUUUCCUAUCUAAAAACCUUGAUCUCAUUGACAGAAGGUGAUUUUGUCUAUGCAGCCGCAAUUGCUGCUGAAUGUAAAGAACAAAACUCAAUGACUAGCAGCCUCAAUGAGGUCAUUGAACCACCAAUCAAGCUGCUUAAUCUAGAGGCAGAAGAGGAAGAUAAGCAGGAAAAGGAAAAGCAUGAAGCACCUCGAAGUAAUCCAGAAAAUAUGAGUGCGUUUUUGAGUAAUGAAGAAUUCCCUCAAGAAUCGCAUGCUGGGUCUUUGGACGAUUCUUGUCAGCCCGAAAUUGCACCAUUCAUCCGUCUUUCACCUCAUUUUUUAAAGUCUGUCUAUGAAGAAUACGCUUCUGAGCUGGGUCUUCCGAAGCUCCUGCUUGACUUCAAUGAAAUGCCUCCGGAGGUGUUUGACGAAUGGGUGCCUGAUGAAAACAUAUCCAAGCAAAUUUUGUUGAGUUUCUUGGGUCAGCUUGGCUGUCUGAAGAGUGAUAGAAAGAAGAAUUGGAGUUCACGGUCUUGGAAGCCCAAUUUCAAGUUCAAGUCUUCAAACGUAGAGAUUGGUGCAAAUAAUUCAGCAAACUCAAACGUCCCCGAUUUGGAAAACAUAAUGGCGGAAGAAUCAGCCAUUCGACUCUCUGUUUUGGAACAGAAAAAGCACUUUGAAAAGCCUCAUGCUCGAAAAGCCUUAGACAAACUGGUGAGAGAAUAUCCAGGUACUGAUCCUGCGAUCGUCAUGGAAACUCUGGUUCGCUGUGGUUUUGACGUGGACGCGGCGACAGCAUGUCUAGUAUCAGGAGUGCUAGAUUCUGCGACCUUCAUGGCUGUUGCGGAUACCUCUGGAUUCCAACUAGAGACGUUUUCCACCUCGACUCCUCCAGCCGUUCCUCUGCAAGUCACAUCUGCGUCUGGAGACUAUCGAACCCACUCAACUAGCUCUCCCCGUCUGAGCGCCAUCAUAGAAGAGGACGAGUCUCGCUGGCGCUCACUGGCUAGCAAAUCUGAGAACAAACGAACGCUGGCCGCCCGACUGAGGCUUAAUCGUUUGGCUGAUCAGUUUCCCAGUUUCACCAAAUCUUACCUGGCAGAACUGUUCGCUCAGUUUGACUUUAAUGAGGAUAAGGUACGUCACCACCUUGAGUCAGAAGGUUACAAGGCUCAGCCAAUAUCGUCGUUGCUCCCACUUAAGGAGAUCAAGGAGCCGGUUGAUUCGGGUUCGUUCUCUCUUUCUUCCGUCUCGGCUGAAGCUGCUCAAAGUCUCAAUCUUCUGGAGCUGGAAGUUGCAGAGCUUCGGGAAAACAUUAAACAAAUGAAGACCACUUUAGCCAAGAUUCGUCAGACCUGCACUCAUCCUGGGGUCAUUGACUUCUAUCGCGAUGAGUCGCCCCAUUUCGCAUAG